AUGGAUAUGACUCCUCAGCUAUCUGCAAGUGUUUUAAUGACAUUGGUAGGACUGCUCGUAACGGACGUUACCAUGGCCUCAUUCAGAGGGUGCUCUACGACCAAUGAAUCGAUAAACUGCUAUGGCAGGAACCUCAAUCGCAUACCAAGGAUACCUUCUUCAGUGACGUUCGUGAACCUAGCAAACAACAAUCUUGAUAGUGUCCUGGGUGAGAGUUUUGAAGGGGCCGUUUCUCUGAAGGUACUGUCCCUUGACAACAACUCGAUUCAGUAUCUCCAAACUGCCUGGGGGAGAGACGUCGGAAAACUUUUCCGACUGUCUUUGAACAACAAUCUUCUGACUGCGAUGCACAACGCAACGCUCCUUGGACUCGGUGACUUAACAAACAUUCUUCUGUGUCACAACAAAAUCAAAACCUUGUUUCGAGGAUGGUGCGACGGCGCUGGAAAUAUCUCACGCAUAGACUUGUCCGAAAACCAAAUCUCUUCGAUUGAUCCCACAAGUUGGUGCUCAUUUUCGCGCCUAGAAUACUUAAACCUUUCAAACAAUAAAAUUAAGCACUUACAUAGCAACUGGACUGAAGGAAUGUUUAAUCUUGAGUAUCUCGACCUGCAGAAUAACAACCUUAAAGUAUUAAGGUAUGCUUCGUUCAGUUUCCUGACAUCACUCUUUGAUCUAAGAAUCCGCAACAACUCUAUCGAGACGAUAGAGAUUGGCUGGGGAAGGGACCUUGGGAAGCUGGCGACUCUACAACUUUCAAAAAAUAAACUCAGGAGCCUCCAACCAAGUUCAUUCUCAGGAAUGACCAGCCUUACCCGAAUCGAUUUGCAAUCAGCGAAUGUAAGGACUAUACAACAAGAUUCCUUCAAUUGUUUGGAAGGCCUUGAGGAACUGUCAUUGCAGUAUAAUUCCAUAGCUAUCAUCCAUGAAGGAGAUUUCGCUGAUUUGAGGUCGGUGGCAACAUUAAGUCUCCAAUCCAAUGCGAUCUAUCAUCUUGAACCGAGGUCGUUUCGGGGAAUGUAUUCCCUUGUUGACCUCUACCUUAACAACAACAAAAUAGUGACGCUGAUGCGAGACACCUUCGCCGGACUUCGUAUGCUAACACACCUUUAUCUCCAGAACAACAAUAUUGGUUAUUUGUCUGACUGUUGGAAUAUUGACCUCGGCAACGUGGUCUUCAUUGACAUGGGGCGGAAUAACCUUACCAGCAUAGAUACCGAACUGUCAAACUGUAGCCAUUCUACACCUGCAGGUAUUGACACCACUCGGACUCUCACUUCUCUGGAGAUACUGUAUCUAUCCAGGACCCGAAUAGGAUCUCUCCUAUAUGAAGGAAUCUUUCAAGGUUUAGUCGAGUUGCGUUCCUUGAUAUUAUCAUUUUGCGAUCUUCAUUCUAUCGAAGAAAUUUUCUUUGAAGGUCUUCAAUCCAUUAAAUACAUCGAUAUAUCGAACAACUAUAUUGUUCGGUUAGAUUCGUUUGCAUUUAGAUCCGUUCCUUCGUUAAUAGGAAUAAAUGCAAGAUCAAACGAAAUAACGUCUUUGGGGUCUUUUACAUUCAGCGGGAGGCGGUUGUUAUUUGUUGACCUAAGAAAAAAUGCCUUGCAAACACUUUCUCGGGAUGUACUACCGAAUAGGAUUGGUGAAUUCGAACUGCGUCUGUCUCAAAACCCCAUUCAAUGUGACUGUAGAGUAGAAUGGUUACAUAAACUGAUAACAAACAAUCGCAUUCGAAUGGUGGACAUUUCUUUCUUAUCGACGUUAGACCUUGUUUUACCGCAGGGCAGGUCUGACGUCACGAACAUAAAGUGUGUAAACUUUAAAACUCGGCGACUGGCCUCAAUUCCGCUAACUUUCCUCCCUUGUGAUCCAUCGUGGAAACUUAAGAGUAACGUAACCACACCGUUGACAUCUCAUUUUGAUGUCUUACCAAAGACCACAUCCUCAAGGCAACUGUCGUUGACUGAACUGUUGACCAAAGGCAGCAUGUCUACAAAUGCCCCAACUGUGCCAUCUUCAGGUGAUGUUAACAAAGGAACAGGAGAAUUCCCGAAAGGGGAUAAUGAUGCCAUAAAUGUCAAAGGAUCAUCUCCAUUCAUAUCUAAUUUCACGAUUUCCUUCCUUAUGGUUGGACUGAUUUUGGUCGUCGUUAUCCUUAAUGGAGUCAAACUUUCACCAUGUGGACGAAACUGCAGAAAAAUAUCUAUCAAGGCAAGAUCAGUUAUUUAUCAAGAUAUCAAUAACAGUCUGGUAACGGAACCUGUGAUAGGGCCUCAUGAGGAUCCUGAAGAUGACAAUCGUAUACAAAUCAACAGAAACCCUCCUGUGUUAGGUCAUAUUCGUUUAUCACAACGUGACAUCAGACCCGAUCAUCCUCCACCUCCCAUACCCCCACGGCCUGAAGACUUGGUGCAAGCACUCAGCCAGAAACAUUUUUCAGAUCCAGAUAUUCUACAAGCGGACGAUAAUGUAGUUCUUAGCGAGAUGGUCGUAAAACACACAUAUUUAUGCAGAGGUAAAGGACAUGUUGUAGGUAAUCAAAGAAAAGACUGCUUGGUCACAGCCGAUGAUCAGGAGGCAGGAAGUCGCGCGUGUGAGACGUUGACUAAACCAAGGAUCCGCCACAUUUAUCAUCGUAACCUCGUCCCAGCUGCAGAAAAAUGUCCAGAAAGAAAGGGUAUCCAAAUUAAUGCAAAUAAUCGUGUCGUCACAGAGGCAUUGAUUCACGCUGAAGCCCCCGGCUCGAGUUUCGCCAGAAGUGAAACGACAAGAUAUUCACAAGAACUGUCUGAAGUGUUUGCUGCUGUUACCCAUCAAGUUCUGGCAAAAAGACACAAUUUCUUUGAUCCACAUCGAAGCUCAUGCGAAGCCUCGAAUGAAUCGUCAUUACGGGCAGACGAUUUUGAGAGAGACUGUGAAAGCCACGAAAACAGUUACGACGAUGGCGACUCAUCUGAUAUGAGUUUAUAUAAUGCAAAUCACGACGAAUUGCAUCGUCAAACCAUUGAUCCUCUACCUACUAAUUCAAGUGAAGUCGACUGGAGUAUUCCAACGAUUGAAAUAGACAAUGACAUUGAUACCGACUAUGGCGAAGGGAUAUUUCAGCUCGAUGGUGAAGAAUCAAGCAACGGGUGUUCGUUUGGUAUGGUGGAUAAAAUUAGUGAGUUAGAGUUAGGCAAUACCGAUGAAAUUAUGUUCCGAGAAACACCUGUGUGA